AUGAUCCUGCGACGGCGAUGCGGCGCGUCCGAUUGUCUGGCGUGGUUCUUCAUAUCCGGCAUCGCCCUCGUCUUCUUCCUCAUAUGUAGCAUCCUCUACGGCACGCGCACCGAGAACCCCUCGCUCCCACAGGUCGUCCAAGAAGUGCUCCCCGCUGGCCGCUGCCUCUGUCAACAGUCAACGACCUUCGAAUGUAGCACCUGCCUGGACUGCGCCACCCGGCCAGCCAUCGUUGCGAACACCACACAUGCCCAGGAGACGUGGGAGUUUGAAUACCGUCGCGAUGGGAGCAAUUAUGGCCUGGACGAAGACCAGUGCACAGCGGCGUUUCCAGGCCUGUUCGAAGACAUUGAGCGGGCGAAGAACUUCAGGAAGGGAAGAGGCUUGGUGAUGCAGAAGAACCUGACAGAUUUCGAGUUGACGAAGGGCAUGGUGCGCGCCAUGAUAUAUGACGGCCAGCUAUACAUCCUCGAGACAUUCCUCGUUGACAACAUCAACCGCCAAAAGGCUAUCGCUUCGCUCGCCUCCCUGCACCGCGCCGUCUCUGCCGCCCGCGACCGCCCUUCCAUCCCAAACGUCGAAUUCGUCCUCAGCGUCGAAGAUCUUCCUGCGCAACCUAAGAAACCCCUUUGGAUGCUAGCGCGCCGUGCACAAGACGAGGAUCUAUGGCUGAUGCCUGAUUUUGGCUGGUGGAGUUGGGACAUGCCCUCGCUAGGCGCCUUUGACGAGGUUGCAGCCGAAGCCAUACAACGCGAACGCCUCGAGCCGUGGGAUGCAAAGAAGGAGAAGCUGGUAUGGCGCGGCAAGCUGAACUUCGCCCCGAAACUGCGGAGAGCGCUGGUCGAUGCUGCCAAGGGUAAACCAUGGAGCGAUGUUGGGCAGGUCAAAUGGGAGGACACCGAGUUCAAGGAACCCGGCGCACAGUUCUUAGGGCCCGUCGACCAGUGCAACUACAUGUUCAUUGCCCACGCCGAAGGACGCUCCUACUCCGGCGCCCUCAAAUACCGCCAACUCUGCCGCUCCGUCAUCGUCUCCCACAAGCUACAGUGGAUCCAACACUACCACUACCUCCUCCUCGCCUCAGGCGCCAAACAAAACUACGUCGAAGUCGAGCGCGACUUCAAAGACCUCUCCUCCACCAUGGACGACCUAAUCGCACAUCCUGAGAAAGCGAAGCGCAUCGCCGAUAACAACGUUAAGACUUUCCGAGAAAGGUACCUUACCGGUGCCGCUGAAGCGUGCUACUGGCGUGCACUAGUUAAAGCGUGGAAAGAAGUCAGCUUUGACCCCGUUCUCUACGAGAAAGUAGAAGACGGGCAGAAGAAAAAGAGGAAUCAGAAGAGGGGCGUAAGAUAUGAGACGUUUAUAUUGUAUGAUUACAACACGCAGAUAGAGUGGCCUAAACCCGCCCAGUAG